UCCUGAGCUGCAAGGUACCACUCGUUAUGCACACCUAAACUUGCACUGGCCAUUGAGGAACAAGUCCCAGUCUGACCGUUCAUUUGCAGAGGGAAGAUGGGAACGCUGGGAAAAGCAAUCUACACCGUCGGAUUCUGGAUCCGCGAGACCGGCCAAGCCAUUGACCGCCUCGGCUGCCGCCUCCAAGGCAACUACUACUUCCAAGAACAACUGUCUAGGCAUAGGACACUCAUGAACGUAUUUGACAAAGCUCCUGUUGUUGAUAAGGAUGCAUUUGUGGCCCCAAGUGCAUCUAUCAUUGGUGAUGUUCAGGUGGGACGAGGUUCUUCUGUUUGGUAUGGAUGUGUUUUGAGAGGUGAUGUUAACAGAAUCAGCAUCGGGUCUGGAACAAAUAUUCAAGACAACUCCCUUGUUCACGUGGCAAAAUCUAAUUUGAGUGGGAAAGUUUUACCAACCAUAAUUGGUGACAAUGUUACUGUGGGUCAUAGUGCUGUCUUACAUGGAUGUACUGUUGAGGAUGAGGCAUUUGUUGGUAUGGGUGCAACCUUGCUUGACGGGGUAUAUGUUGAAAAAUAUGCCAUGGUUGCUGCUGGAGCCCUUGUAAGACAGAACGCAAGGAUUCCCUGUGGAGAGGUGUGGGGAGGUAAUCCAGCAAGGUUCCUCAGGAAACUCACAGAAGAAGAGAUGGCCUUCAUCUCCCAGUCAGCUCUAAACUAUUCCAACUUGGCACAGGUUCAUGCAGCUGAAAAUGCAAAGAGCUUUGAUGAGAUUGAAUUUGAGAAGCUAAUUCGCAAGAAAUUUGCUCGCCGUGAUGAGGACUAUGACUCAAUGCUGGGUGUUGUGCGUGAAACACCUCCAGAGCUUAUCCUUCCUGAUAAUAUCCUUCCAGAUAAAGUACAAAAAGCUUCUUAAAAUCAGAUUUGUUGUCAAGAUGAUGUUUUUGUUAUAUCCGGAUUUAUGGAGAACAGCUGCUUUUCAUUUCCAAUAAUUUUUGGGAGCUGGGUCGGAGUAUCAACGUUCUGACAUAUGGCUCUGUUCAUCAUCUCUGGCUGACCAGAAACUUCAUUUUCUGUUUAUUGAGAAAAACUGCUACGAUGGAACAUGUAUUUUGAUGCUCGAGUCAUUGGUGCAGUUCUCACAGAUCUGUAGUUGUAGAGUUCAAUUGCUUUACAUAUGUUAUUUUCAGAAUAAAGAACACGGAAUCUGGUAUAUUGGACAUUA